AUGAAUAAUCGAAUACGAUCAAUAUCUAUUGCUAGUUUGAAUCAUGAAAAGCAAUACGAAGAUGUCACGGAUACUGCCCCAUCAUCAACUUGGACUUUGAAUGAACAUCUUCAGAAUUUCCCUCCUUCACAUUCUCAACCCAAUGUUGUUUUAACCCACGGUAAUAAGUUGAUAGACCUUCUACUUCAGUACCCUGAAUUGAAGCAUGAUUUGAAUCUUGGAGUUAUACUAGGAAAGAUAAGUUAUUUAGCAAUCGGCCAAACUGAAUAUAAAGCAUUGUUUUAUAAAAUUUUAAGAUAUUCCAUCAUCAAUGAAGAUUCGUUGUAUUUAUUAGUUCAGCAUAAAAUCUUGAUCUUCAUAAUUAUAUCAUUAUCUACCAACAAUUCCAAUAUAGAGAAACUUCAAGCUGUGAAAUUGAUUAAUAAAUUCUUAACCAUCAAGAAUGGAUCCAAGUUUCUUUCAAUUGGAGUCAUAAAGUCCUUAAUAUACCUUGUUGAUGAAUCAAACUUGAAGAAUCUUAUUAUAGAAAUCAUACUAGAAAUAUCCAUUUUGAAUCCCGAAUUGAUAUACCAUUCCAAUGGUUUCAAUCUUCUCAUUGAUUUGGUUAUUGAUAACAUCACAUCUAACUCGACCAUUCAAUUGAAUUCCCUUUUAAUCAUCAUUAAAUUAUUGGAAGUGGAGAAUUUCAAGAAUUUCUUCAGAAAUGGGUACAAUCUUGUUAACUUGAUAUCUAUAUUUGAAAAUGACUAUGAUGAUAAUGAAAAGUUACCUUUAGGUAAGUUCCAAAGAUUGUCAUUUUUGAUUACUGUGCUAUUGAAAAAUUGGAAUGGUUUAAUUUCCACCUCAUUGAACAACUUCAAAUUUCUUAAAGACUUCAUUAACAAUUUGAAGAAACCAAACACGAAAUUGAAAGAGUUUAUAAUUGACAUUCUUUUGGAUGUAACUUUAGUCAGAUCAUUACCUUGGUUGAGAUCAUCAACUAUAGGUGAGUUUUUGACCAAAUAUGGAGCUAAAAAGUUUAUUUAUGAUGGAGAGUUUGAUGAAAGUAAUGAUGAUGAUAACCAUCUAAUCAGCAACUACAAGAAUCAUUAUCAAGGGUUGAUCUCAUUGAUAUUGAUUAAAAUCGGUAUAAUAGAUUUACUCAUCUAUAACUUGAACAAUAGUUCGAAUAACGAAUUACAUGAUAAAAUUAUUCUUUUACUUUCAAACUUGUACAAGUUUUCCAAAACAUACUUACCUUUAGAGUACAACAUUGAACUUUCCAACAAAAUCAACCUCCAUUCCUUGAUUAAGAUCACUCAAUAUAAUUUGCAAGACAAUUUACGUAGACCUGUGAUUAACUAUCAACCAAUCAAUGUUGAUGAUAAUGAGUUCAAACAUUUAAUCAACGCAUCCAAAGUGUUGACUAUUAAAGAAUUCAUGGAUUGGGAUUGGACAAUUAUUGACCAAUUAUUCUUUGGACCUUUAUGUUUUGAAAAGCGAUUCAACGAAGUGCUAGAGAAACAACCCAAAUUCUUUAAGAGACUUUUAUCAUUUUAUAGACCGUUCAAAUUCAGGUUUUGUAAUAUGAAAGUGAAACCGAAAUUGUGUAAUAAAAUAGUUCUUAUAGGGGAACAGAUGUUUGAGAUUUUCUUGAAGUUUGAAAAUGGUCAUAAGAUAUUAUUCAAAAAUAAGAUUCUAUUACAAAUGGUGGAAUUAUUAUCACAAAUUGAUCCUUUGAGUGGGAUUAUUGCUGAUAAUCCCAUCUUAUGUAAGAAAAAUUUAGUGGAAACCUCCAAUUUUGGGUAUAUCAAAUUCAUCGGUAAGCUUACCAAACCUCAAGGUAUGAAAUUAUUGAAUUAUUGGCAAUUCUUCCAACUUAUCAAUAAUAUCAUUGAAUCUUCUCAGUUUACAGAAUAUAAUAAUUAUUUCAUUAUUAAGUUGUUUGAAACCAUCGAUUAUAAUAACUCCAAAUGUUUGAACUUAUUAUCAUUUGGUUUGAUGAUUGGAAAUAGUUCUUUGAAAUCAGAAAUCAUCCACUUAUUACCUAAAUUGAAUUUGAAUCAAAAUUUCAUUAUCAAAUUGGCAAUGAAGAAUAUCUAUGAUAAAAACACCUUAUCCAUGAUCAAGCUUAUUGAUCUUAAUCCUGAAUAUACCAAAGAGAUUUUGAAGUUUAAUCCUCCAGUGCAUUUGUUGAACAAAUCUAUCUAUGGAGGUCAUUUCCUCUCAAGUCUUUUAUCCACAUCAGCUGGGUUUAAAUACCUUGAAAAGUUUCAGUAUAUUGAUGCCAACUUUGAAGUAUGGUUGCAAAAUAUGAGGAAUUUCGAAAUCCUUAAAUAUUAUGAGUUCAAAUUUAAUGAAAUGUUCUAUCCAUAUUUCAAAAACCUCAACCCUAUAAAGUACAAUUUCUUCUUGAAGAAAUUAUUGGACACCAAAGAAGGUAUUUUAUACUUCCAAAAAUUCAAUAAUGAAACUGAUUUCAUUGGAAGUAUGUGUCAUGAGAUAGAAACCUAUCUCAAACUUGAAAAAUUGGAUUCUAACCAAUUCCGUCAACUUAAACAAAGUUUAUGGAUUCUUGGAGAGAUUAAUUCUUCCAAAUAUGGAAUUCAAUUAAUUGAUUUGAAUUUCUUGAUCUUCGUUAUCAACCAAUUGAAAUCCAAUAAGAAUUGGUCCAUCAAAGGAAUGAUUUUCUAUCAAAUUGGGAAGAUUUCAAAUAAUAGUGAAGGAAUUGAAAUUCUUGAUGAAUUAAAUUGGAUAAUUUCUAAUUCAAUCCAAAAGUCAAACUUUGCUUAUCCUAACUUUGAAGAUGAUAAUUUGUUCAAUACUGAGAACAGUUCUACCAUUUCUUCUAUUAAUAUGAUCAAUGAAGAGAUCAUUGAAGGUAAUCCGGUGGUACUGGAGAUUUAUAAAUUUCUGAGUUUCUUAACCAGAAUUGAAAAGAAAUCAGCCAAAGAACUCAUUACUUUAAAGAAGGAAGAGCCUGAAUUAUUUAAUUUUGAUAAUUUCUUGAAAGUCAUCAAAAUCAUUGACCAAUCAAGUUAUAACUUCAGUAAAAGAAACUUUAUUUUCAACUUAUUCCUUGACAAUAAAGAUAUAUUAGAUAAUUUGAUCAAAAAGAGAAAAUUUUAA